AUCAAAUCUAACUCAUCUCUUCCCAAUGGAACUUAAAACUUUGAUAUUCACCAUUACCAUCACCAUCUCUAUCAUCACUCCACUUCCAUCUCUCUCUUUUCAACUCCCAUCCAACAAAACACCAACACUAGCUUCUUCUCAAUACCAAACCCUAACCCGCAACACCAUCCAACAGCAGUUUCUACAACCACACAACAUCUUAAGAGCCAAGCUUCGUCUCCCUCCUCUCAAAUGGAGCAACAAACUCGCCCGCUACGCCACCCGGUGGGCACGAACCCGCCGUGGAGAUUGCAACCUUAUCCACUCCGGUGGACCUUACGGGGAGAAUCUCUUUUGGGGAAGUGGAAAAGGGUGGACCCCUGGGAACGCGGUGGUUGCGUGGGCCUCGGAGAGGAAAUACUAUGACCGGAAGACGUACCGAUGUAAGGCGAAUGGAGAUUGUUUGCAUUACACGCAACUUGUGUGGAAGAAGAGUUUGAGGGUUGGUUGUGCGAUUGUGUUUUGCAAGAGCGGUGACACGUUUAUCAUUUGUAAUUAUGAUCCUCCUGGUAACAUUGUUGGACAACCACCCUUUUGAAUGUUGUGUACACCUCAUUUUUAAAUUUUCUUUAUAUUUUCUGAAAACAUGUUGUAAAUUUAUCAUAUAUGAUAUAUCCA